AUUAUUUAUUUUAUCAUGAACGACAUGAACCAUUGUAGUCGAAUUGAAAUCUGAUUUCUGAGUAGGUAGUGAAUAAUAUUAUAAUUUACAUUACUACUGCGAUCGUCGUCGAGACCGAUUUAUCGACAUCCCGCUCGAAUACCGAAACGAUGGGCAAACAUAAGAAAGCCAUCAGUUCUGACGAGUCUUCUGAAUUCAGCGACGAUGAUACGAGCAUGGCCAAAAAGAGAAAACGUUCUAAAGCCUCAUCACCACCUAGUCGCUAUUACAAGUCCAAGACAAAGAAAAAAUUGUCGAAGAAGCCUAUUUAUGAUUCUGAUUCGUCAUCGUUGUCCGAAGGCGAGAUAGCAUCAGAUGAGGAGCCGAAGAAGAAGCAAAAUCGCAAGCGUCCCAGUAAAAAGUAUGACAUGUCAGAUGAUUCAUCGGAGAGCAGCGUCGUGUCUGAAAUCCAAAGUCCAGUCCAAGAGAUUAGUCAGGUUAGUGAAUCUUCUGAAGAUUCUGAAGAAGAAUUCAAUGAUGGUUAUGAUGAAGAGUUGAUGGGAGAUGACGAAGACAGAGAACGUCUUGCACAAAUGACUGAAAAAGAACGAGAAACUGAAAUAUUUAAACGUAUUGAAGCUAGAGAAAUAAUGAAAACAAGAUUUGAAAUAGAGAAAAAGCUUAAACGUGCUAAAAAAAAGGAAAUGAAAGAACAAAAAUCUUUAGAAAGAAGUAUGUCCUCAAACAGAUCAGACUCACCAUACUCAGGUUCUUCUAUGCCCCUUGAUUUGAAAGAUCGUGUAAAAGAAAGAAAGAAAAAUGUUGAAGAAAAUAAAGGAAAAGGAGAUAAGAAAGCGGCAAUGAGUAUGUUAAAAGCAAGACGAGAAGAAAAACGAGAAAGAGAGGAAGAAAAAGAAAAACAACUUAAGAAAGACAUGGAAAAAAAAGGAGAUGAUGAUGAUGAAGAAACUAGUGAUAAACAAAGCGAUCAAAAUCAGUCCAAAUUAAAAGCUUCCGAUAUUUAUUCAGAUGACAGUAAUUCUUCAAGUGAUACUGAUUCAAGCGAAUCAGUUAAAAAAGGUCGUCACUUUUUUGACUCUGAUUCAGAUACAAAUGAGAAAAAAGUACAUUAUAUUACAAAACGAGAUGAAUUGAACAAAAUUAGAUUGUCAAGAUUUAAAAUGGAAAAAUUUGUACACUUGCCUACAUUUGAGAAAACUGUUAUAGGAUGUUUUGUUCGCAUUGGAAUCGGCAAUUAUAAUGGAAUUCCAGUUUAUCGGGUUGCUGAAAUUUGUAAUGUUUGCGAGACAGCUAAAGUGUAUCAGUUAGGGAGUACUCGUACCAACAAAGGAUUAAGACUUAAGCAUGGUACUAAUGAAAAAGUUUUUCGUUUGGAAUUUAUAAGCAAUCAAGAGUUUACAGAGAGUGAGUUUGUUAAGUGGAAAGAACUCUGCCACAUGAAUCGAAUACCAUUACCUACUCUGGCUGAACUAGAAAUGAAAGUGAGAGAUGUUAAAGCUGCUCUUGCAUAUCAAUUCAAAGAAGAAGAUGUCGAACAGAUUGUUCGAGAGAAAGAGCGUUUCAAAACAAAUCCUCAUAAUUAUGCAAUGAAAAAAACUUCAUUAAUGAAGGAUAGAGAUGAUGCACAGGCACUUGGCAAAGUAGAAGAAGUUUUGAAGAUUGAACAGCAACUAUCAGAUUUAGAAGAGCGAGCUAAUCAUUUAGACAAAAUGAGAACUAGCACAAUAUCCAGUAUAAGUUAUAUAAAUGAUAGAAACCGUAAGCGGAAUGUCGAAGAAGCUGAAAAGGCUAUUUUGGAGGAACUCAAGGCUAACAAAGGGAAAAAAAUUGACGACCCGUUCACUCGUAGAAGUACCAAGCCAUGUAUGAAGUUUAGAGCAAAAACAAAUUCUGUUAGCGAUGGUCCAAUAGCUCCAGAAGUUGAAGAGUCCAAAAACAAUAUUGAAACCAAUGACAUUAAGAAUGAUGGUAGUUCAUCCAGAAUGAAUGUGAUGAAGGCUGAUGAUUUAUAUGCUGUACAUGAUUUUGAUAUUGACUUAAACAUACAGUUACCAAUUUAGGUAAAAAAAAGAGUGUACUUGUGAGUUAUUUGUAAAUAUAUUUAAGUAAAAUAACUAUUAAAGAAUUGUGACUUGUAAUUUGUUGUAUAUCAAUGAUUGUUUUUACUUAAAUUAAAAUUAGAUCAGCAUUUACUUUGAAAUUUGUGUUAUUCUGUCAUAGAUUUCAUACUUGUAGUAAAUGUACUUAAAUAUUCUGUUAAUGUAUUUACCAUAAUUAACUUGUAGGUAAUUAGUUUUAAGCAUUUAACGGAAUUGAUAUAUGUGCAUCAUAUUUUGAGUAUGAUCACAACAUAAAAAUGAACAUUUUAUUCGAUUUAUUGAAUUUGACAGUAAAAUUAAUGAAUACAGAAAAAUAAGUUAUGUAUAUGUUUAUUAAACUAAUGGUUUGCAAAUUUUUAUAAUUAAUAAGUUUUAGUUAUGUUAGUGUUAUGUUAACAGUAAUAGCCUACAUUUUUAUUUUAAGGAAAUUAAAAUUAUGUUUAUUUAAAUGUAACAUGUACAAUAAAGGUAUUAAUUCUAACUCUAAAUGUUAGUGUCUUUACAAUGUAUGUAUGUAUGUAUGUAUACACAUACAAUAAAACACAACAAAUAACAUUCUAAUAGUAUAGUUCAUGUCUCCUGUAAUAAUUGCAUCAACUUAUUUAAAAUUAUAUUUCCCUAUAGUUGGAAAAUAUUUAAAUUAAAUAAGUAUAGCAUUCAAAUUAGUCAAAAGUAUGAAAUUAAUUCUAGAAAAUUAAAAAAUUAUAAAUAUUUGUAUUGUAUUUCUCAAUUUCCAUAGAAAAUACGGGGAUGUACUUCAUACCUACAUUAUAUAACUAAUAAUUCUGGUUAAGUUUCAUAUAAUUGAGACUUUCAAAAAUGUAAUUGUUGAAAAACUGUGUUUUUGAUGAUAGAUUUCUCCAUCCUUACUUUUUUGUUAAUCAAUGUAUGGUUAACAAUUAUAACUUUUAGAUAAUUAUAAAUAUUAGUUGAUUACAAUGUUACAACAUCAAAUCUGUUUUCAUUAGCUCUCACCAUAAAUAGUUCCUAAUAUUGAAAUUAGAGAUUUCAAGAUUCUAUUGUUCGUAUGGAAUAUAUAUAGGUAUGUCUAUUGAUUUUAGAUUGUAUUUUGAAGCUUCAAUUAAUUAAGAUUUUUAUUGAAAGACAGAAUUAGAAAUAUUUUAUAGUACACUAAGAAUGCAACAAAAUAAUAUUGCUUUAGUAUGAUAACAAUUAAAUUUAGUUGCCCUACUUUUAAAAACCCGCAUGUGGGUAAAUGUAUUUUUUUCUUGUAUCAACUUUUCUUAUUA